AUGGAGCAGUAUGAAAUUUUAGAACAGAUUGGAAGAGGCUCCUUUGCUUCUGCUCUACUUGUCAGACACAGGCACGAGAACAAAAAGUAUGUUCUUAAGAAGAUCCGGCUUGCCCGCCAGACGGAUAGAACCCGUAGAUCUGCUCACCAGGAGAUGGAGCUUAUCUCUAAAGUUCGAAACCCAUUUAUCGUGGACUAUAAAGAUUCCUGGGUAGAAAAGGGUUGUUUUGUAUGUAUCGUCAUUGGCUAUUGUGAAGGAGGAGAUAUGACAGAAGCAAUUAAAAAGGCCAAUGGUGUACAUUUUCCUGAAGAGAAGCUCAGUAAGUGGCUGGUUCAGCUGCUGAUGGCACUUGAUUACUUGCAUGCAAAUCAUAUUCUUCAUCGUGAUGUCAAGUGUUCAAAUAUAUUCUUGACAAAAGAUCAAGAUAUACGUCUGGGUGACUUUGGUCUAGCUAAAAUGUUGACAUGCGAUGAUCUUGCAUCUUCAGUUGUUGGGACUCCAAGUUAUAUGUGCCCUGAGCUUCUUGCUGAUAUACCCUAUGGCUCUAAAUCAGAUAUAUGGUCUUUGGGAUGCUGUGUAUAUGAAAUGGCUGCUCACAAACCAGCUUUUAAAGCUCUUGUGAGUUUCUCUCUAUGGGUGGCAAUUUUUUCUUUGGAUGAUACGUUAUCGGCAAAACUUUCUAUUCGAGGACUCAUUAAGAGUAUGCUGCGGAAGAAUCCUGAGCUUCGGCCUAGUGAAAUGGUUUUCAAUGAUAUUAUAUCCGUUUGGACCCUUAAAACAUUUGGCACCCCCAAACUUGAGUCAAGCUCCACCACUGAUCACAGCCCUCUUCGAGUUCAUUUCCUUGCCCCGGAUUCUGUUUCUACACUUUCUGGAAGAGAUAAAAGAUUGUCAUUCAGCAAUGACAGGGCGUUGAAUCCUAGUAUUUCUGGAACUGAAGUAGGAUCUGUGUGUUCUACUCAAAGAGGUCAAGGAUUCUCUACUUGUUCAAAAGAGAAACACUAUGAACUAUCUGUUGGUUGUGUUCGUGAAGAAUGCAAUUCGAACAAGUCAAGAGACACAAAGUCCUCAACUGUUGAUAGGAUGCCAAGAUUGAGAACAGCCAAGGAAUAUGCCACUCCCCGAAGGCAGACAAUACCAUCAAAGAUAUCCAAUACUGGUUCCAAGCGUGAGUUACUUCCAGCAUAUUCCACUCCAGGUGUGAAAUUUACCGUACCAACCCGCAGAGCUUCCCUUCCUCUGCCUACCAGAACCAUGGGUAUGACCACCCCUUAUAGGGCUAAUGUUGGUCUUCUUCGAGACGUGGACUCUCCUGAUAUUUCUGUUAAUGCCCCGCGAAUUGACAAGAUUGCCGAAUUCCCUCUAGCAUCUUGUGAGGAUUCUCUCUUUCCUGUCCAUGGAACUUCAUCGACCUUGGCUCAGUGUUCUUCUGGUUCCCCGAAGAGUGCUGACUGUUUAAUCACGAAAGACAAGUGCACAAUCCAAGUUGUGGACAAAGUCAGUGUCCCUUCAAGUGUACAAUCCCCAAAGAGUGCUGCUCCAGUUUCACAUGGCAAUGAAUGCUCUGAACAUGCUGUUUCAAGCCACUCCUCUGCCGAGUCUCGCCAACAAAGGUUUGACCCCUCGUCUUACCAGCAACGUGCCGAGGCAUUGGAGGGUUUGCUUGAGUUCUCUGCUCGGCUUCUACAGCAACAAAGGUUUGAAGAACUUGGGGUGUUGUUGAAGCCAUUCGGUCCUGAGAAGGUUUCCCCAAGAGAAACAGCUAUUUGGUUGGCUAAGAGCUUCAAAGAAACUGUGGCCUAA